AGAGGGGGUGUUCCCUCCAGAGGUUGUUACCCUCAACAGUACAGCUGUUCGUGUCAUCUGGACAUCUCCAUCUAACCCAAAUGGUGUGGUCACGGAAUAUUUGGUGUAUGUGAAUGACAGGCAACACAAGACUGGCAUGAGCUCAUCUGGAUCUUUUGUAUUAGGAGGCCUCUUGCCAUUUACUAUAUACAACAUACAGGUUGAAGUUUGCACUGUGUAUGCAUGUGUGAAAAGCAAUGGGACUCAAAUAACUACAGUAGAGGAUGAACCCAGUGAUAUGGUGGCACCAAAUGUACAUGUGAUUAGUUCAAGGUCUCUCAGAGUUGAUUGGGCAUCACCAGGCCGCCCAAACGGCAUCAUGCUCGGAUAUGAUGUGAGGCGCAGAACAUUACGCUGGUGUGCACAGGCCCAGCUGCUGCAGGAGAUGCAGACAGGGAGGCAAUGCUUAUAUGUGCAAUGUGGAAUAAAUGAAAACAUAUGUGGGGGCUUUUGCUAUCAACCAGAGCACCAGAUUUGUUGCAGUGGAGUUCUGUACAGCAGUAAACCUGGUUAUCGGUGUUGUGAAGACAAAUACAUUCCUGUUAAUGGCAAUUCCACUGCAGUGUGCUGUGGUGGGCAGCUAUAUACCCCUCAGCCUAACUAUGAGUGCUGUGGGGGAUAUUAUGUCAAAGUUGUACCAGGUUACGUGUGUUGCCCCAAUUCAGACCAGAUCCGUGUUUCGGUCGGGGUGGGCAAUUCUUGCUGCAGUGGCAAUCCUUAUUCCAGGUCUGGGGAUCAGAUAUGUUGUGCAGGUACUCUCCACGAUGGCUUUCAUAAGCAGUGCUGUGGGGGGCAGGUUGUGAGCAAAGACCUGAUUUGUUGUGGCAAUGAAGAGAAGGGAAGUGUGCACAAAAAAUUCCAAG